UACCACACCUCAAGCCAUCUUCUUCUCAAGGACAAGCAAACAUCCUGAGCAGACUCCCGCACACCACCCUUAACCAUGCAGAGGCAAAGUUAUAUGACAAGUUCCAUGUCUGGGCGCUUAGGUAGCGGAAGCCUAGGUGGGGGAAUUGUUGCGCGCAAGUCUUCAAGCGUAUAUGGCGGUGCAGGGGGAAUGGGGUCCAGAAUCUCUGUGGCAACUAGUAGUAUGGGAGGAAGAGGCUCUGCUGGAGGUUUUGGCUCUGGAUAUGGAGGAGGCUUCAAUCUGGCCGACGGCGCGGACAUCCAUGUUGGAGCUAAUGAGAAGGCCACCAUGCAGAACCUAAAUGACCGUCUGGCUACCUACCUGGAGAAGGUCCACAGUCUGGAGAAGGCCAACGCUGAUUUGGAGCUGAAGAUCCGCCAGUUCUUGGAAAGCAAAACUGCUCCAAGUGCUCGAGACUACUCUGCCUUUGAGGCCACCAUCGCUGACCUACAAGGAAAGAUCCAGGCAGCUACUCGUGACAACGGAGGAACAUAUCUGUCCAUUGACAAUGCAAAACUGGCAGCAGAUGACUUUAAAACCAAAUACGAAAAUGAACUAGCAAUGCGUCAGUCAGUGGAGGCAGAUAUUAACGGUUUGAAACGACUGCUGGACGAGUUGACACUGGCCAGAUCAGACCUGGAGAUGCAGAUUGAAGGCCUUAGGGAAGAGCUGAUUUUCCUCAAGAAGAACCACGAGGAGGAACUGGCAGCCAUGAGGAACCAGAUGACUGGACAGAUCAACGUAGAGGUGGACGCAGGGCCGCAGGCAGAUCUCAGUGUCAUCAUGGCCGAGAUCCGAGAGCAGUACGAGGCAGUGGCUGCCAAAAACCAGAAAGAGCUAGAAGCAUGGUUCCAAACAAAGUCAGAGGAACUGAACAAGGAGGUGGCAGCCAGCACGGAGAUCCUGCAAACAUCUAAGACGGAGAUCAAUGAGCUGCGGCGAACACUACAGGGCCUGGAGAUUGAGCUACAGUCACAACUCAGCAUGAAAGCGGCACUAGAAGGUACUCUAGCAGACACAGAGGGACGGUACUCAAUGCAGCUCCAGGGACUUCAGAUGAAGGUAACUGGUAUGGAAGAGCAGUUAAUGCAGUUGCGUGCGGACAUCGAACGGCAGAAUCAAGAGUACAAGAUGUUGCUUGACAUCAAGACGCGGCUGGAAAUGGAAAUCGCUGAGUACAAGAGGCUGUUGGAUGGCGAGGGCAGUGGUGGUAGCUCUUCAAGGUCCACAACUACAAAGGUGGUAGUGGUCACUGAAGAAAUGGUUAAUGGCAGUGUGGUAUCUUCAUCAACAAGAACCUCAUAAUCUGCCAGCAGGAACAAGGACCUGGAGGCUACAAUUCCAACAUCAACACAAGACGUUUACAUAUAAAUGUAAAUGAAAUAAAAACUUAAAGCCUUUUAAUGAA